AGAGAAAGUUGAAAGCAGCCCUUACGAAAUAAGCAAUAAGUUGACUGUCAGAAGUUUAUGGAGGUCAAAUAGCCUGUUUUAUGCAUCCCUCCAGGAAGAAGCCAGCCAGUCAGAGGGCUUCCACGCAGCUGCUACAGGCUGGUCAUUGGAGACGCUUCAUGCUGAGCAGCAAAAUGGCCGCCCGUCACCCGACUGACUCCACAGCGCUUUGAAUUUAAAUUCUUCUGCACAUUAGGGUUUACACUAUUAUAACGGUAGUGCUCACGAACCAGUACGUUAUUACGCGUGUAUUUUCAUUUUCUGCCACUUUACUUGAUUCUCCGCUCAGGCGUCGCUGUUCUUGUAGCCUCGACGAAUGCCUCAAAAAGCUAGAAAAAAAUCGCACUGAAGCACUUUAGCUAAGCUAGCUAGCACGCUAGCGUAUCUUCAUAUGUGAUUCCCGAGAAGAAAGGAGCAUCAGGACAGGAGCAGUAGUUCAUGGAAGACAAGAAAAGGAAAAAAGACGAAAAAAGGAAAAGGGAAGCCUCUCAGAAGGUUGCAGAGCAAAAAAACAAAGUGCCAGACUUGACUAAGCCAGCUUCUGCCCAGUCUUCUGCUACCCAGAGCAGCUCUGCCUCCCCCAGCCCUGGACCCACCCCCUCUGCCUCCCCAUCUCCAGCCACCUCAGGCCCUGGCAGUGCUGCCACCCCAUCACAGGGCGGCAACAAUGCCAAGCGCCUGGCAGUGGCCAACGGACAGCCCACCUCCACCACCAGUUCUUCCUCCACCGCUGGCGGCUCCAGUGUUGCUGGAAACAGCAGUGCAAGUAGCGGAGGCGGAACUCAGGCGCCUCAGCAGCCACCGCGCUACAUGCCGAGAGAAGUGCCGCCACGAUUCCGCUGCCAGCAGGACCAUAAAGUGCUACUGAAGAGGGGUCAGCCGCCACUGUCCUCCAUGCUGCUGGGAGGGGGGGUGGGAGGAGAUGGCCCCAAUGCAAACGUGGCUGCUGUUUCAGAUUCUGGCACAGCUGCCUCCUCAUUGGCUCUCACCUCAUCAUCAGUUGCUGCUUCUACUACUACUUCUAAUUAUGCAAAUUCCAUGUGGGGGGCAAGCUCAGGCAGCCAGGCCUCCUCUCAGGGCAGGGAGAAGGUGAUUGUUGAUGGUAAUGACCUAGAGGAGUGGCCUAGUAUUGCUGGCAGUGAUGGAGGGAGCAGCGGCAACAACGGAAUGCCUGUGAAUAGCAUUAGUGCCUCUGGCAACCAAUCCUCACCCACUUCCUCGUUCUCUUUGCCCAAUGAAUGUAUGCAGUCGUCCAGCAGUUCAGCGUGGGUGACGGCUGCCUCCCAGGGUCAUCUUGGAGGAGGUAUUGCAGUAACUGCAGCUGGGCCUCUGCUACAACAGUCCUCCUCACUUUCCAAAGCCCCCGCUGUGCCAGGGAGCCAUGAUGCCAGUGGCUCCGUUGAUGGCAGCAGUGGGAUUCCAGGUGCCAACUUCAAUCCAAAUGCCAACCCUUCAGCCUGGCCUGCACUGGUGCAGCAGGAUGGCCCCGCUGCUGUAGGUGAAGGAGGUCAGUCUUCCUUUCACCAUCAGGGCCCUGGCGGGUCUGCCAACAACUCUGCUUCCCUGGGGGCAGCCGGUGUCCUGGGGGGUCACCCAUCUUUAUCUGUGAAUCAAUCAAACACCCAUCAGCACCAACUUCACCAAAUGCCAUCCAGAGACAGAGAAAUGGGUGGAGGGAAUUGGGACAGUAAAUCAGCGGGACCAAAAAUUGCGGGGGGAGAAGGGAUAGGGGGAGGAAUGGACCAUGGUGCAGGAGGAAGUGGGAUGAGUGAAGAGCACAGCCUUGUCUCCUCAUGGAGAGGCCAGCCUUCUUACCCUGCAGCUAACUCCAAAAAGGGUGCCUCAAGGACUGAUGGUUGGGAGAGUGGAGGAACUUGCACGGGGGUAUUUGGAGCUGCAGAAGGGGAUAAUGGGACUUCAGGUUGGGGUUAUCCAAGUUCCACAAGUGGGGUUAAUGUUUGGGGUAGUGCUGGAAAUGGGGGCAACAUGAGUCAAACCUCUGGGGUAUCUCAGGGAGGGUGGGGGUUAUCGGGAGAUGGUGGUGAAAGAGGGAUUUCUGGUAGUGAGUGGGGUGGAAACUCUGGUGGGGUUGGUGGACCAAAUCCAGGAGGUGAGGGAAUGAGUGGAGCCUGCAGCAGUAACAGCAGCAGUAGUGGAGGCAGCACAGCAGGGAACCCGCCCACUGCUUCCUCCUCUUCCUCAACAGCCACCACUACUACCAGAGCCUGGGACAAUCAGAAAGGAGAGAGUGAAACGGGAGAAUGGGGUGAGGGUGUAGGAGGACGGGGAGGAUCGUCGUCCAGUGGUGGAAAUUCUAGAAGUGGGGGCGCGCCAAAUAGCAGCCGACCACGUCGGCAGGCAGUUAAUGCAGAAGCUGCCUUACAGAGCCUGCUAAAUCGCUCUGAUCUGGAUCCUCGGGUCCUGUCUAACACAGGCUGGGGCCAGACACAGAUCCGCCAAAACACAGAAUGGAACAUUGAUAAACAUGCAGGACAGAGUAAAGGUGGAUCCUCAUCAGCUACAUCAAAACAUCCACCUUCUCUCAGUGGUCCUUCUCAAUAUUCUAGUGGACCUAGGACCUUAAGCACUGAUUCUGUGGCUCCAGGGGUCAGCCCUUCCCUGGUUCCAUCCACUGGGUCCUCUGGUGAGGGCUGGGAGAGCAGCAGCAACAGUAGCAGUAGUGGGGCUUCUUUGUCUGGGAGAGCCCCACCACCUAUCGGCCCCAACAUGAGAAAUCUUGGCGUAUCACAAUCUGGGCCAGUGACUCCAACUGGACCUGUUAUAGGGUCAGGGGUAGUGCCAGGCCCUAGCCAACAGGGGAAAGCUACAGGCUGGGGUGGAGGAGGGAUGGGGGCUGGGGAUUGCCAGGAAGCCACAGGUUGGGGUAGUGAUGAAUACAGAGGCAAUAGUAGAGGAGAAAAAGGAGGAUGGGGUGAUCUUGGGCAACAAAGUGACCCUGUGACUGGAUGCUGGGGAAGAAGUCAGGAUGAAAAAGGGACAGGAGGGUGGAAAGACAUGGGUGGGAAUGGAGGGGGUGGGUGGGGAUCAGAACAGAAGGCUGGGGUAGGUAAGAAUUGGGGAGAGCAAGACUCCAAAUUAAACAGUGGUGGAGGAGGGUGGGGAAAUGAGAGGAAGAAUGGAGGAGGGCACUCAGGUGGGGAUUUAGGUGUGGGUGGGUGGGGAGACUGGGGGGAAAGUGCUCCCCGGAGGACCUGGGGGGCAGGGGGUACGGGUGGUGGAGGAAGUGGAGGAGGGGGUAUUGGUGUUGUUGGAGGCAUGGGGUCCAAACCCCAACAAAGUUGGAGUGGAGGAAACAAAAUGCACCAGAUGCCAAACAGCCAGUCGGGCUCCAUCACAGGCCCACAGGCACAACUGCAACAGCAACAAUCACAGCCCCGCAAUCAGCAUCCACAGCUGCACCAAGCAAUGGACCAAGGGGCUAUGCAAGGGGGUGGGGGGAGGAAACUCAUCUCUCAAGCCCAGAAUCAGAACCAAAGCUCAGGCUGGACUUCAGGGCCCAUCCCUGGUGUCCCUGGAGGAGAUGGAAGUGGAUCUGAACCAAGCGGCUGGGAGGAACCCUCGCCGCAGUCCAUAAGCCGGAAGAAUGAAGUAGAUGAUGGAACAUCAGCAUGGGGAGACCCAGAUCAUUACAAACCGGUCAACCUGUGGGAUAAGAACAGUGGUCAUGCAGUCCAGGGCCAGGCCCAGGCCCAGCAGCAGCAGCAGCAGCAGCAGCAGCAACAGCAACAGCAGGGACCUCCAGUGCAGCAGCAGCCCAGCAGGCAGACUGCAGCACUUGGAGGUAACAGAGACUUCAACACUGGACCUGGGAAGUCUUCCGCUAUGGGUCCAUCAGGCUGGGGGAGCACUUCCCCAACUAGUCCUACAGUAGACAAUGGCACAGCAGCUUGGGGGAAGCCUAGUGAUGCUCCGACUGGUUGGGGAGACCCUGAUGAUGCUGGAGGAAAGACAACAUGCUGGGGAAACCCUUCUUCAAAUCCCAUCAAAUCUGGUUCAAAGACUAUGCAAGAUGGCUGGGGGAACAAAGAAAGCCCUGUGGCAGCGUCACGUAACCCAAGCUGGGAGGAUGAGGAGGAAGGUGGCGGCAUGUGGAAUAGUACUGGCUCCCAGGGAAGUGGGUCAUCUUGGGGACAGGGAAGCAAUGGUGGCUGGGGUCAGAGCCACAGUGGGAAGAAGCCCAGCAGUAAGGGCCCAUUGAAAGCUGGUGGAGGAGAGUCAUGGAUGGGCCCCAUUAACAGACAGUUCUCUAACAUGGGGUUGCUGAAUGAUGAUCCCAAUGGCCCAAACAUUGACCCAACUUCAGGUUCUAUCCAGGAGAAGAAAAUAGAGAUGGAUAAAAGAGGCAUGGGAAUGACUGAUUACAAUGGAGACAUGAGGAAGGGAGGAAGAGGAGGAGGUGGGGGGGUGUCUUAUCGUCCUCCUGGUUCCAAAGAGGCAGCACCUGGGGAUGCUGGGGCUUAUUAUGACAAGACAUUGCCUUUGAUCAAUCAGGAUGGGUGCCUUGGGGAGGAGGGUCCUUGCUCUCUGUACUCUCCACCCUCUGUCUACAAGCCCCAUUCCCUCUUCAACCACUCUAUCCCCUUUAGACAAGCUGGUCACAAUAUCUUUGGCAGUAGUGGAGGAAUGGCCCAGUCCAGACAUCAGCCAAGUAUCCCGCAGAUAAACCAGUCACCAGGGAUACGAGCGCAAGUGCCUCAUCAGUUCCUGUCACCUCAGGUGCCAGGCUCUGUGCUGAAGCAGAUGCCCCCUCCCAGUGGAAACAUGGGGGGAGUUGGUGGUGUGGGAGGGGUGGCAGGAGUUGGGGGAGGUGUGUUCCCUCCGCAGCUGUCCCCCCAGCAUAUUGCAAUGCUCAGCAGCAUCUACCCACCCCACAUCCAGUUUCAGCUGGCUUGUCAGCUCCUCCUCCAACAGCAGCAGCAGCCGCAACAACAGCAGCAGCAGCAGCUACUGCAAAACCAGAGGAAGUUCACACCAAACACACGUCAGCAGACUGACCCUCAGCAGCUGGCCAGGAUUAUGGCGGUGCUCCAGCAGCAGAGGCAGGUCGGGGGGUUAAGCAGCAGCUCCAAACUAUCCCCCUCCCACCAUAGUGGAGGUGGAGGAGGGGGUCCUAAACUGCCUGGGGCUGAUCCCAUGUCCCACCCAGGCCUGGCAGCAUCUGUGGCUGACCUGCACCAAAAAAAUCUAGGACCAUACUCUGGGUUUGGAUCUGGGGUGAACCUUACAGGUCUGGACCUGGGUGGCUCUGUGGUGGGGGGGCCUGGAGCCAUGAAGGACCUAGGGAGUCAGCAGUCCCGUUUCAAGUGGAUGAUGGAGGGAAACUGUUCUCCAGACACUUCCUCAUCUGAGAAUGCAUUUCAUAAAAAUGGUCCUGUCACCCCCAUAAAGAUGCCAGGGGGCUCACCAUAUUCGCAGUAUGACAUAAUGGUUGGAGAAGGGCUGAGUGACAGUUGGCAUCGCACCCCUGGCAACAAGAUGUGUGCCAAGCCUGCCUCCACACCAAGCUGGCCCCCUGAGUUCCAGCCUGGUGUGCCAUGGAAAGGAAUUGACCGUGUUGAUCCUGAGUCUGACCCCUACAUGACCCCAGGGAGCAUGAUGGGAAACACAGUGCCACCCACUCUCAAUGAUACAGAGCACCAAUUGUUACAAGACAAUACUGAUUCCACCCCUCCCCUCAACACCUUGCUGCCUUCACCUGGUGCCUGGCCCUACAGUGCCUCAGACAGUCCUCUCAACAACGCACACAACUCAGCAAAGUACACAGAAUACAAGACCAGCUGGCCUCCAGAGCCCAUUGGACCUAAGUAUGGGAAAGCCAGUCGUGGCAGCAGCCAGAACCAGUUAUCCCGCCCACCUCCAGGCCUAGCCAGUCAAAAGCAGCCAUCGCCUUCCCCUUGGUCAGGAGGAGCCCCUCGAUUGGCUGCCCGCAGCUGGAGUAGUGGUUCGAACAGCACUGGCUCGACCUGGAGUGACGGCAGCUCUCGAGAAAGCUGCUGGUUGGUGCUCAGCAACCUCACGCCACAGAUUGAUGGAUCCACUCUGAGAACCAUCUGCAUGCAGCAUGGGCCGUUGUUGACCUUUCACCUUGGCCUGACCCAGGGCACUGCUCUGAUUCGCUACAGCUCCAGACAAGAGGCAGCCAAGGCUCAGAGUGCACUUCACAUGUGUGUUUUGGGUAACACAACCAUCUUAGCGGAGUUUAUGAGUGAGGAAGAUGUGGCUCGCUACAUUGCACAUUCCCAGGCUGGAGGAUCAGGAAGCGGAGGAGCUGCAGCCAGCUCCCAAGGCUCCGGGCCUACAGCAACCUCCACAGUUGGGGCUAACAGUAACGGAGCAAGCUGUGAGAGAGGUGGAGCAGGAGGAAACGGUGGGGUAGGAGGAGUAGAUGGAGCUUCCACAGUCGGAGGGACAGGAAAUGGAGGAGCUGGGUCUUCCAGUUCUGCAUGGCAAAGUCUAGAAAGCACAGGCAGCUCGUCGGACCAGUCUGCCACCCAGGGGCCCGGAUUGGGCAUUUUCACCCAAUGGAGCACCAACGGCACCGGGAUAGGUGGGGCCGGAGGUGUGGAGGCCGGAAGGCAGGGUCUGUGGGGAAGUGUGGGUGGGAUGGGGGGGACAGGGUACCCCAGCAGUAGCCUCUGGGCUUCUCCGGCACUUGAGGAUCGUCACCAGAUGGGCAGCCCCGCCUCGCUGCUUCCAGGGGACCUGUUGGGCGGGGGGGCCGACUCUAUCUGACGGGCCAGCUGACACACACAUUUUACACCUAAGGUGAAACACGUCAUGCUCUGCAUUGACGUGGAGGAAAAAAAAGCUACACUGGUCAUCCAACAUAGACACUCAACAGUCAUACUACACACAAGCUACAUGCACACAUUACUUUCACACAGACAUUAAACCGCCUAACUUUAAAUGAAGACAACAGUAAAACUUGAACCGGGGGAAAAAGGUGAAAUCCAUUAAACUCUUUAGGACGUAACUGGAUAGCUCUUUGUCUUUUUACUUCAGACCACACACCUGCAUUCAGAGACCCAAUCACUCAGGCAUGCACUGUAGACAGGCUCAGCCAGAGUCCUACACGUCAACAAGUUUAGCUAUUGCUGUUUUUAGUGUGCCACUUUUUUUAAUUUUAUAUUGCUAUUUAAUGGUCAAAUCUCAAAAGUCAGACAUGCAGACUGAGCCCUCUUAGACCUGGCUGGCGUACUUCGGAGUUCCCACUUUUGGAAGCUUAAGAGUGGGAAGGAUCGGGACUUUAUAAAAAAUCUGGGACAGCGCCACACUACUGAGUCAAAUGGACGAUCAGCAACGUUUGAGAUGCGCAAAAGGAGAGAGUCUUUUUAGUAGGUACCGACACGUCUACAUUGGUGGGAAUAUGCCAUCACUAUGGGACCCAGGGUGGAAAAAACACAAAAUCAAAACAAAAAAAACAACAUUAGCCAAACUUGCACUAUAUGCCUCUGGGUUUGUUGUUGACGCAUCCUUCCACAAAUCCCUCCAUUUUUGAAACAGAGCUACAACACAACUACAUAGACCUUAAAGAACAAUUAAAUGUUACAGCAGCAGUGGCCUUGGCUAACACCCAGCGGCCACCCACCCUCCAUGUCAACAGCGUCAUCACACCUUUUCAUCAGUUACACACUGCUCUUAUGACAAGCAAAAUUGUAUCUCCUUGUCGAUGUACGUUGGUUGUUUAUCAGUUUGUUUUCUGUUUUAAAAGAAAAGAGAAAUGUGUGGAAAAAAACAGUGGAAAUCCAGAGAUGUCCUCUUAUUUGCCCUUCAAACACUGACCUCGCUAUUGUAUUUUUUCUUACUCAAGAAAUCAAGUUGGUUAUUAUAUAUUGUCAUGAUGUAAUGGUGACUAUGAUCACAUAUUUACUCGCUGUACAAGGUGCCCUCCUGCCUGCCUGUGUGUGCAUGAACUGAGUGUUGACAGUUACGACCGAAUGGAGAAGGAUGUGAUUAUGAUGACAAUUAUAUCGGGAGUGUCUGUGUUAUUGCUGCAACAUUGAAUGUUUUUUUGUUUUUUUUUUCUUUUUUCUUGUCCAUGAGAGAUUCAUGAGUGUGUGUGUGUGUGUGUGUGUGUGCGUGCUUGCUUUUGAACACUUAUCUUCUCCAGUCAGGGAAGUGAAUAGAUGUAAAUCUGACAGCUUACAUUUGAGAGAAAGACUGCGUGUGUGUGUGUGUGUGUACACAUUUUUGCGUGCUUGACUGGAUGUUGUGAUAGCUAAAAAGUUCAAAACAUUGGCACUAUUGCAUUUGUCUCUUAAGUUGUGUUUUUAGCCGCUUUUUGUUCCCGUUUAUAUAUUUUUUUUCUUUUAAAUGCAAUAAGAGAAUAUUUUGUUUUUAAGACGAAGCAACCAACCGAAGGCAUUUUUAUUAAGAUGCCACAUCUUACCAUACCAAGCUGAGCUGGAAACAGUGUUUUACAGACACGUUAAAGACAUUUUAUGUUUUACUGUGUUUCUUUUUAUUAUGUAUCAGUUUAAAUUAAGUCAGUCUUUAUUAUCACUCCUGUUCAGGAUGUUUUCCUUUGUUUCAGAUGUUACAUAAAAGGAGAGGAAAUUAAUUUAAAGCAGAAAAGAACAAGAUAAUAAAGGUUGAAUUGAAGCACUGUC